AUGACAGAUCAAGAACAACAAAUGAACUCACUGAAGAAAGAAGUGCGGUCACUGUUGACACCUAUCAAAGAAGGUCUUACCCCUUGCCAAUUAGAACAAGAAUAUAAGUUAAUGAUAGGAAAAAUGCUUCCAUUGCGUAUGUUAGGUUACCAUUCUGUUAUGGAACUAGUGAAGGACAUGCCUGAUACUGUUCACAUAUCUCCAAAAGGAGAUGGUUCUGUUAUUCUCAAAGCUAUUGCUGAUGAAUCUACGAAAAGGAUUGCAAGCUUGGUUGCCAGACAAAAGAGCAGAUCUAAGCCACAACAUUCCAAACAUAAUCGGAAUUUCUUUUUGCCUUCCACCAUUUGCUCUCAAGUGCCUUUGCACCCCAAACAUUCUCUAAGUUUGCCUCGGCAUGAGGGAGGUCCUCCUAUUCUGCCCCCUGUUAUAAAAAGUGAGCUGAAGGAAAUGCUGAGAUUUUCUCCAGUUUUGCUCUCAGAUUUUGACAAAGCCUUUACCCAACGCUUUGGACGCAAGUUUGAAUUUAUGCGUUAUGGAUUCUUCUCAAUGUUUGAAGUGCUGAAUGCAGCUUCUGAUAUUAUCCAAAUUGUGCAAACAAGAGCGGGUUCUCUGGUGACUUUAAAAGAAUGCCCUCUUAUGAAGCAACCAGAAAUGACAGAGUGCAAAAUGGCAGUCAAGUCAUGUGAAACAGAGCAAACUUUGCAUGCUGCUGCACAAGAACCUGUGGCAAGGAUGCCUUCUCCAGUCCUACCUAUGGAUGUUCUGUGUUCAGUCGCAGACCAGAAAUCUGAUGAUUUGCAAAUACGGAUGAAACUAGUUGAAAGUCCAAAAGUGAGAACUGAGCUCAAGAAAGAAAUUAAGAAUGUCCUGUCCCAAAAAGGACCUGGAGGAAUAGUCAGCUCAGAACUUAAAGAAAAAAUUAAAACUAUUGUAUCCCAGUACCCAAAUGGCCUCCAUGCUUCCAAGUUACCUGGAGAAUUUGAGGAGUAUUUUCAUGAAAAAUUGGCAGUAAGAAAGCUGGGUUUCUUAAAUUUGAUGGAACUUAUUGGUGCCCUUAAUGAUGUUCUCCGUAUUGAAUGCAGAGAAGGAGAAAAAGAUUGGCUCAUCUUUGACAUUGAUUCACAAAGCUUACCAGAUGAAGAACAAAGAAAUGGUAAGAUUUCUCAGUCUGAUGUAUUAGCAUGCCAGGAGGCCACUGAAGAACACGACCUGCCCACUUGGGAUUCCCCUUCUGAGGAUUCUCUGAAACUGGAGACUAAGUUCCAUGUAGUAACAAAGAUGGUAAUGCCGCACCUAGGCAUAAAGAAAGAUAAUAUUAUACAGGAAAUAAUGGAAGAAGAAAUACCACCAGAUGCUGUUCAAGAUGAAACUCUUUAUUGUCUCCCUAAGUUUGACAAGAAUGCUUUUGUUGGAUUAUUUGUGGAGGACAUUGUGUCCCCUUCACAAUUCCAUGUCCGGAUCUAUGGUGGAGAAACUUCUGAUGAGCUAGAAAAUAUUAUGAUUGAAAUGAGGCGAUGCUAUUCUAGUAAAUAUGUAGCUAAUCGUUAUGUCAUACCUGAAACCUUCAUUCGUCCCGGCCAGCUUUGUUGUGUAAAGAAUUCUAAAGAUAAAUGGUGGUACCGAGUUAUCAUUCAUCGACUUCUUAAUGACCAAGAAGUGGAAGUGUUUUACCCAGACUUCGGAAAUAUAACAAUAGUUCAAAAAUCUUCACUGAGGUUACUCAAACAUUGCUAUGCAAAACUUUCUGCCCAAGUUAUCCCUUGCUGUUUAGCCUGGGUGAAGCCAAGUAAGGGUGAUUGGUCUGUCAGUGCUAUAAAGGAAUUCCGAAGAUUGUGUGAGCUGAAAUUGCUGGUGGGAUUGGUAGAUGAAUAUAUAAAUGACGUCCUUUACCUCUUCCUUUGUGAUACCAGUUCCGAUGAUGACAUCUACUUGCACGAUGUUUUGAAAUUAGAGGGUCAUGCACUCAUUUGUAGGGAGAACAUUCCUUCCAAGGGCUUCAAAGAGUUAAAUCCUUUUACGCUAUAUAUGAAACCAAACCCAAACCCAAACCCAAACCAGCAUGCUGAUUUCAUAGAAGCAGACACUUCAUUGCUUCAGCAGGACUCUCUUGUAAACUUCCCAGGAACAACUUCAGAGACUUGCAAUAAUGAGGUAGUUUCACAGCAUACAGCAAGCCAGUCCUCAGAUCCUGAAGUACCAUACCUGGAGCCGGUGUAUUUAUGCCAAGAAAUUUGGGAUGAGAACUGGUUGCCUUCAACAUAUUAUGAAAAAAAGAAAAAAGAGAAUAUUUCUGAUGAUUUACAUACUGAUAUUAUAGUAGUUUCUGACCAGACUUCAGGUGAUGAAGGCAACAAAAAUAAGAUCCAACACAACCAAGGUGUGAUUCAAAAGACCGGGGAUGCAUCUAGUGUCAUUGAGGCAGCAGAUGAUCCAAAUCUGGAACAUCCAAAUGAAAUUCUGAGCUUGACAGCAGAAACAAAGACAGAAUCUUCUGUUGGAGAUAUACCUGAUUAUUUGUCACAAACAUUAGAAGAGUUUUAUGUUUCCAUUGUUCAUUCCAAGGAACCAGGAAAGUUGAGUGAAAAUGAAUCCGAUGUAAACAAAUUGUCUGCUUGCCAUUUCCAACUUCCUCCAUCGACCUCUGUGUUGCAUGGAAGACCUGCUUCAGAGAACACAGUUAAUGAUACUCCUGGAACUCAAACAGUUUCUGUAUAUAAUGCUAAUCAUUACUUUGAACCUUGUGCCCUUGGUCACAAUGCCUUGGUCUUUACUGCUGAGCUUCAGGGCUCUCCAAAAUUCUGUAUUCCAUGCAGUCCAGCUGUAGCCUUGGGAGCAUCUGCACGAUUAGCUGCCCCUGGUAGAUAUUUCCCCCUUAACUUUACGAAGAUGAUACCACAAAAGUCAGUAUGA